AUGCAAGAUCGUGGUCAUUCGCGGCGAGGUGUUGAAAUGCCCUAUCAGCACAUAAACGUACCACAAGCUCGUGCCCUUAUGUUUCAAGCUGUUCCUGGCGGUAAUCCAACUAAUACAAUUGGAGUGAUUGACAUAACAGAAGUGAAUGGAGUGGUAACGAUGGUUGGAAGUCUAACUGGACUGCCACCAGGUCCUCACGGUUUCCACGUCCACGAGUAUGGCGAUUUGGGCAAUGGCUGCUUAGCAUCGGGAGCGCACUUUAACCCUUACAGAUCAGAUCAUGGUGGCCCAGCAAACCCACCUUCAUCAAGACACGUCGGGGAUCUUGGAAACAUAGUAACACCGGCAAAUGGUCCAACCCCGAUCAACGUCAGAGAUUCCCUGAUGAAAUUCACUGGGAAUCGCGGUAUUGUAGGGCGAGCCUUCGUAAUCCAUGCAAACCCAGAUGAUCUGGGAACCGCUGGGAAUGAUGGCAGCCGGACAGUGGGCAAUGCUGGUGCACGUCUUGCCUGUGGAAUUAUUGGUUAUAUCAUGCCUAGAACUGAUGGCGAUUUGGAGAAUGGUUGCCUAGUAGCAGGCGACCACUACAAUCCUUUCAAACGAAACAUGGUGGACCAAAAAGCCGAAGUUCAAGACGACAUGUCGUGGAUCUUGGAAGCAUAA